AUGGAGGACAACAUAGAGAUGGGCAACCUUAACCCACCAGAAGGAGCCGAAGGAGGUGAUGAAGGUGCUAUCGCCGAAACACCCCUUGACGAGGACGGCUUUCUUUCAGGACUAGAUGGACUAGACGAUGCAAAAACCUCCAGUUUCUGUGAGGAAAAUAAAGACGACUCCUUCAAAAAGAGAAAAAGACAGUUAGAUGAACUGUAACAUACAGUAGAAUAUGUUAGGAGGCUCUUUCAGACCGAGUACCAAAUAGAUCCAGCCGACGGACAUAACUCUAAGGAACUUGUCUCCCGCCUGGACAUCACUAAGAAUAAGCUAACAUUUAGCGGAAAUGAUGUCGCAUACAUCGAUAUGGGUGAUUCAUACAACUGAUGUAAGGAUAAAAAAUCCGCCGGAUCUGUAAAGACAUUUUUAAGGCUGUACGAAGAAGCACUCAAAGAACAUAGAAGUAAAGCCAAAAGUGUAGUCGAAGAGGAAACCGGGGGAGAAACAUCAAGGUCAGGCGAAGAAGAAAUUUAUGAGGAUGCCGUGGAAGAAUUCCAUGCCGAAACCACCGUCGUAAAUGAAAACUUCCUUGACGACCUGGAAGAAAUGUACAGGAAGGAAAUGAUAACCUUUAACGAAAAAAGGGAACUUGAACUUGUGACCGAACCCAAGGGACCACCGGAAACCAGAAUUGCAGCACUUAAGAUACAAAGGGAUAAUUUUAAGGAAAAAGCGGAAAUCACGACGGUGCCAGAAAGGGAAAGAAUCAUGAGAAGAGGAAUAAUAGCUGCGGAACAGAGCAUAGACAACGAAAGGAUAAUCCUAGGUCUUCAGCCAGAAACGGAAGAGGGAAAAGUAAGGUUUAGGGAAAUAGUAAGAGAAAACGUUAGGACAAAAUUUGAAAGGUUUCAAAAGUGGGCACGCGAGAAUUUGGGAGCAUUGGCUGCCAUUGCCGUUUCCGGAAUUAUAACCACGGUCGUGGUGGCUGGAAAAAAGACCAUCGUAGGAGCCUCCAAAGGAUUAGGAGCCGUAGGAAAAGCACUGGCAAAUCUUGCAAAAUCCGCACUACCAAUCCUAGUACCUAUCCUAAAUUUACUAAGUACUAUCCUAAGCUGGGGAGCUAAAGGUCUCGCCUUCCUUGCCAAAAAUCUAUGGAUCGUAGCAGUCCUAAUUGCCGGAGCCGUACACAAGUACCUACAAAUGAAACGAAGGAAAUAA